UAUAAUUCCGCUCUCACUGUCACACACACACACACUCUCUGAGUCACUCUUUUAUCGACAUUUUUACCGGAACUCUGAAAAAUCGGCGAACAGGUCGGAACCCUUUGAAGCUUAUCGACAUAAGCUGAUGCUAAUCUAGGAAUAUUGCAAUUCAUCGCCAAUUAAUCGCCAUCUCUGCAACAUCCCAUUCUUCCCAUUAAAGCUCACCUUCUUUGCCCCAUUCCAUUUUGAUUCUUUCCGUUGGCAAAGAAUCCACGCUCUCUCUCUCUCUCUCCAUCUCUCUCCACAACCACAACCCCCCAUCAUUCUUCUCACAGAUCGCUGUUAUGUUGCAAAGUCUCAAACCCUAAUUGCACAGCGCAUUUUAGGGGUUUGAAUUUCAAGUUCAAUUUCAAUUUCAAUUUCAGUCCUUUGUUGGAGCGAUAAAGCUUUGGUAUUUUCAGCUUCUUGAUCUUCAAAACCUCUGUAUCUGGAGGUUCUUGGCAAUUCAGCAUACGAAACUUCAAGGUUUGCAAUUUGGUUUCUGAGGAAGAACGUUGAAUCUUUUAGGGUUUGGAGCUUUGAAUUCCUUCUGGGUGCUUUUAGUUUUGUUUUUUCCCAUUUUAUCUUGUGUAGGUCGGUUAUUUUUUUCUUCUUUUCAUUUCUGGGAAUCUAUCUAUUUGGAUUAGAACUAGAGUCUUUUGAUCAUUAGGAGAUCCAACUCCAAUUUGAUUGAGAGGCCUUGUUCGAUUGGAUUUAUGGGUUGUUAUAGGUUCCAAAAUUUGUAAAUUUUCAAUUAGGCAAAAUAGAAAGAAAAAAAAAUAGAAUAACAAAAAAAGGGUCCUGUGUUUCUUGAGGGAGCUACAAGAGCAUACAAUGUCUGUUGCUGAUGUUGCUUUGAGCCCGAUCUGCGAAGAGUAUUUAAGGCCACCUGGUUAUUUACAUAGCCAGUUUGGUCUUUGCUCUAGUGAAUCAAUUGUCAUUUACCUCACUGUCGACGAUUCUGUGAUUCCCAUGAGAGUUUUGGAGUCCGAUUCGAUUGCGUCAGUGAAGCUUAGGAUCCAAACAUGUAAGGGAGUUGUAGUGAAGAGACAGAAGCUAGUUUUCGGAGGCAGAGAGUUGGCACGGAACAACUGUCUUGUCAAGGACUACGGUGUCACUGACGGGAACGUUCUGCAUUUGGUUCUCCGGCUUUCCGAUCUCCUUGUUAUCACUGUUAGCACCACCUGUGGGAAGGAAUUCGAGUUUCAUGUUGAUCGCCAUCGAAAUGUUGGGUAUCUCAAGCAACGAAUUGCCAAGAAAGGGAAAGGCUUUGCUGAUCUUGAGGAUCAGGAAUUGUUAUGUAAUGGCGAGAAGCUCGAAGACCAGAGACUUAUUGAGGAUAUAUGUAAGAAUACCGAUGCUGUUAUUCAUUUGGUAGUUCAGAAAUCUGCAAAAGUUCGAGCCAAGCCUGUUGAGAAAGAUGUUGAACUCUCCAUUGUGGCAGCAAAUUGGGAUGAGAGCAAAGAUGGAUUGCCAGAAGGAGAGAAUCACCACCACACCAAGGAGCUUCAAGUUGCUUCUAGGAAGCCACCAAAUAGGGAUUUCUUGUUAGAACCGGUUUUUGUUAAUCCGAAUAUCAAAUUGCCUUCAGUUUUGAGGGAUAUGAUUAAUUCUACAUUUGAUGGAUUGGAGAGAGGGAAACCACCAAUCAGGUCGUCAGAAGGUACAGGAGGUACUUAUUUCAUGCAAGAUGGGUUGGGCAACAGAUACGUUGCCGUUUUCAAGCCCAUUGAUGAGGAACCGAUGGCUGUGAAUAACCCUCAGGGGCUACCUUUAUCAUCAAAUGGUGAAGGGCUUAAGAGGGGAACAAGAGUAGGAGAAGGUGCAUUGAGGGAAGUUGCAGCAUACAUACUGGAUCAUCCAAGGAAUGGACCUCGCUUAAUAUCAAAUGGGGAUACUGGUUUCGCUGGCGUACCCCCCACGGUUAUGGUCCAGUGCUUGCACAGAGGAUUCAAUCAUCCAGAUGGUUAUGAAUGCUCAUCAGAGCACGUUAAGAUUGGAUCAUUGCAAAUGUUCAUGAAGAAUUUUGGAUGUUGCGAGGACAUGGGUCCUCGUGAUUUCCCUGUGGAAGAGGUUCAUAAGAUCAGUGUGUUUGAUAUAAGAAUGGCAAAUGCAGACAGGCAUGCUGGGAAUAUUCUGGCGAGCAAAGAGGGAGAGGAUGGACGAAUAGUGCUUAUUCCAAUUGAUCAUGGCUACUGCUUGCCUGAGAAGUUUGAAGAUUGCACAUUUGAUUGGCUUUAUUGGCCGCAAGCUCGCCACCCUUUCUCCCAGGACACCAUUGACUACAUAAAAUCGCUGGAUGCCGAGCAAGACAUUACACUUCUGAAGUUCUACGGAUGGGACCUCUCCCUGGAGUGUGCUCGUACACUCUGCAUCUCCACCAUGCUUCUGAAGAAAGGGGUAGAGAGAGGACUCACUCCCUUUGACAUUGGAAGUAUCAUGUGUAGAGAAACCAUAACCAAGGAGUCUGUGAUUGAGGAGAUUGUUCGUGAAGCCCAGGAUUCCAUACUCCCUGGCAUGAGCGAAACCGCAUUUCUUAGUGCAGUCUCCGAAAUCAUGGAUUUCCACCUCGACAAUCUCAUGAAAUAAUUUUCAUGGGAUUUAUAGUAUAUAUUUGUAUGUAUAGAUUGAAUGAGACCACUCCAUUGGUAUGGAUUGGAUGUUUUAAGUAAUGUGGAUGGCUAGUAACGUGGGUGGCUUCCUUUGUUCUCGGUGGUGAGCCUGAAACUUUUAUUUCCUUUCACUUCUGUUCUUUCUUUACUAUUCGAUGGAGACAUGAACAGAAGUUAAAAUCACGAAUAAGAAGCUUAUGUUGGUACUUUAUGGUUUGCAAAACUGUCUAAUGUACUGCUGAGAUUGAACUGGAGUGUAAAGAUCUUGUAUAAUGUUUCUGUCAAUUUCAGAUUGGACAAAUAAUAUAGUACGUGCAAAAUAUUAUGUA